UAAUCCGGGGCUCUUCCCGGCGCGGAGGGAUCCAGAACCGAGCCGAGCGCGGUGCUGAGGCCGCCUCAGCGAAAAAAAUGUCCGCCUGAGGAGACCCACAAGUUCUAUCUGGGGGGACCGCCAGCCCGCCCCGGGAGGAAGGGGCGGCCAGGCCUGAGAGCCGCCUCCCCCGCCCGGAUCCGAAAGCUCGCGCGGGGGAAAGUGAGCCGAACCGCCGGGCCGUGCAAGGGGAAGUCCGAGCCCGCUCUCCCGGCCAAAGUGAACUUUAAUCGGGGUGGUUGGAUGCGGAGACGGGGCGGCAGGACCUGCUAGAAGUGGCCGAAGAUGAAUCCCCAGCAGCAGCGCAUGGCUGCUAUAGGGACCGAUAAGGAGCUGAGCGACCUGCUGGACUUCAGUGCGAUGUUUUCCCCACCUGUUAAUAGUGGGAAAACCAGACCAACGACACUGGGAAGCAGUCAGUUCAGCGGAUCAGGUAUGGAUGAACGAGGAGGUACAACAUCUUGGGGAACAAGUGGUCAACCAAGCCCCUCCUAUGACUCAUCUAGAGGUUUUACAGACAGCCCUCAUUACAGUGAUCACUUGAAUGACAGUCGAUUAGGGGCCCAUGAAGGCUUGUCCCCAACACCUUUCAUGAACUCAAAUCUAAUGGGAAAAACUUCAGAGAGGGGCUCAUUUUCCCUGUACAGCAGAGAUACUGGAUUACCAGGCUGUCAAAACCAACAGGUUAGGCAAGGUAUUGUGUCAUCAAAAGAUCUGAAAACUGCUUGGGCCAGAGAUGACCAGACCAUGUCUAGUCUCCUGAGACAAGAUCUAGGGCUUGGAAGCCCAGCACAAAUCUCUUCUUCAGGAAAACCUGGGACACCGUACUACUCAUUCUCUGCCACAAGUUCCAGGAGAAGACCACUCCAUGACUCUGCAGCACUUGAUCCUUUGCAAGCAAAGAAAGUCAGAAAGGUGCCUCCUGGCUUGCCUUCUUCUGUAUAUGCACCAUCCCCAAAUUCAGAUGACUUCAACCGUGAAUCUCCUAGUUAUCCAUCUCCCAAGCCACCAACCAGUAUGUUUGCUAGCACUUUCUUUAUGCAAGAUGGGACCCACAAUUCUUCUGACCUUUGGAGUUCAUCAAAUGGGAUGAGCCAGCCUGGUUUUGGUGGAAUUCUGGGGACCUCCACUUCCCACAUGUCUCAAUCCAGUAGUUAUGGCAGCCUUCAUUCACAUGACCGCUUGAGUUAUCCUCCACACUCAGUUUCACCAACAGACAUAAACACAAGUCUUCCACCAAUGUCCAGCUUCCACCGUGCCAGUACCAGCAGUUCACCUUAUGUUGCUGCCUCACACACCCCUCCCAUCAAUGGAUCAGAUAGCAUCCUAGGAACCAGAGGAAAUGCUGCUGGAAGCUCACAGACAGGUGAUGCACUUGGAAAAGCUUUGGCAUCUAUUUAUUCUCCUGACCAUACCAGCAGUAGUUUUCCAUCAAAUCCGUCAACACCAGUUGGAUCACCCUCACCUCUCACAGGUACCAGUCAGUGGCCCAGACCUGGAGGGCAAGCGCCUUCAUCCCCAAGCUAUGAAAAUUCACUCCACUCCCUGAAAAAUCGAGUUGAGCAGCAACUUCACGAGCAUUUGCAAGAUGCAAUGUCCUUCUUAAAGGAUGUCUGUGAGCAAUCUCGAAUGGAGGAUCGUUUGGACAGACUGGAUGAUGCUAUCCAUGUGCUGCGGAACCAUGCCGUGGGACCUUCCACCAGUUUGCCUGCUGGUCACAGUGAUAUACACAGUUUAUUGGGACCAUCCCAUAAUGCACCAAUUGGAAGCCUCAAUUCAACCUAUGGUGGAUCAAGCCUUGUUACAAGCAGUCGACCUGCUUCAAUGGUCGGAACUCAUCGAGAAGACUCUGUCAGUCUCAAUGGCAAUCAUUCAGUCCUGUCUAGUACGGUCACUGCUUCAAGCACAGACUUGAACCAUAAAACACAAGAAAAUUACAGAGGUGGCUUGCAAAGUCAGUCUGGAACGGUUGUUCCAACAGAAAUCAAGACUGAAAACAAAGAGAAAGAUGAAAACCUUCAUGAACCUCCUUCAUCAGAUGACAUGAAAUCAGAUGAUGAAUCCUCCCAAAAAGAUAUCAAAGUUUCAUCUAGAGGCAGAACAAGUACUAAUGAAGAUGAGGAUUUGAACCCAGAACAGAAGAUAGAAAGGGAGAAGGAAAGGCGGAUGGCCAACAAUGCCAGAGAACGCUUGCGUGUGCGCGAUAUUAAUGAGGCAUUCAAAGAGCUUGGUCGAAUGUGUCAGCUUCAUUUAAAGAGUGAAAAACCCCAGACAAAACUCCUCAUUCUUCAUCAGGCCGUGGCAGUCAUCCUUAGUCUAGAACAGCAAGUCAGAGAGAGGAACCUUAACCCCAAAGCAGCCUGCCUUAAGAGAAGGGAAGAAGAAAAAGUUUCUGCCGUAUCGGCAGAGCCACCAACCACACUGCCAGGAACCCAUCCUGGGCUUAGUGAAACUACCAACCCUAUGGGUCAUAUGUAAACAUCAGCCAGUUCCAGAGUUAUCAGUAGGCUAGAUAGAAGGUGACCUCUCCUCAUAAGGACUUGGACAACUCAGAUUAUCUGAAGACACAAACCUGAUAGGAGGGAGAAGAAAAAACAAAACACUUGAAGCAAGAAAUGCAAAUGUAAUCCUACGAUCAAAGCAGCUGGUCAACACUUCCAUCAGAAGUGAAGAUAGGAAGCUCAUCAGACAGAACAUCAGCCCAUGAGAUGUUCGCAACAUAUCAAUUUGUUGCAAGCAGUGUGUCGCUUCUGCACAAUCAGAGACUGUCUCGAUCUCUCCACUCACCGUGGAAGUUGCCUUGUGCCUAAACUGAAUUGACAAAUGCAUUGUAACUACAAAUUUUAUUUAUUGUUAUGGAACUGUAAGGUCUACAUAUAAAGGGAAAAAGUUAAUGUGGAAAGCUGAUCUCCACUCAGCUGAUGCCAGCAUUAGUUAAAGCUGUUCGCGUGCAGAGAACAAAGCAGUGACAACCAUUGGCCCUUAGCAUUCCCGGCAUACCUAUUAGUGUCUUAAAAAGGAAGGGAAAAGUCUUUUGUUGCCCUCUCCUAUCCUUUUGCCAUAUGAAUAGUGUUUUCCAAGAAAUAGGAAAAUAUUACUUGGUAUAGCAUUUCUCUCAUGCUCAUUUUUUCAUUCAUUUUUAUUUUUUCUUUUUGGGUGUUGUAUUUGGUCUCUGAAUCUGAAUAGUUUAUGGUCACAGUCCAGAAUCCUCCAUGUAGCCCUAUGUGCUUUGCAUAUUUACUUUACAAAGAUAAGCAGAGACCAUCUGUGACCAUAGCCUAGCUAAGAUUUUUAAAAGGGGAAAUUUUGUCCCCUAUAUUUUCCCCCAAAUAAAUAUUGCUUUAUUUCUAAUAAUAACAAGACUUUUCAAGCUUCUAGGUUUCAUAGUAAAGCUUGUAAUAGAAGUGUAAAUUACAAGGGAAGAAUUUACUUUUUAGAAAUUGCUUUGUUUUCCAAGCAGUAAGUACUACAUAUAGUACUUAUAAAGUGUUAGCUGUAAGUAAGCACAAAAUGAAUUUAAAAUACAAAGAAGAUUUUCAGGCUGUGAUUAUGUUGAAUAUAACAACCCAGCAGUCACCAAGGCAGGUAGUGUGAUAAAUGAACACACCACUCUGAGGCUAAUUACCUAAUGGAAUACAAGAGCAAUGGUCACCCAUGUCCUUAUUCUAGCCUUUAUUUCUCUGUCAUUUGGAUGGCUGGUUAGUGGGGAGGAAUUCAGUGGGUGAUGUAAUCAACUGCAAACCAUCUGCCCUGUCCCAAGAAGAUGAGCCAGAUUAGCAUUUAACCAGUCCUUGUCAGUCCAUCUUAAUACUGUGCAUUAAGGCACCCCUCUGUCUCUAAUCCUUAAGAGUUUUUUUUUAAGACACAAUAAUCACUUUGAACUUCCAUGAAACCUGUCUUCCACCACAACAACCCUGGGAGAGAAAAACAUGCUAAUAAACAAGGUUGUCUUGGCUUAAUAAUUCCUUAUAGCCAAUAUCAACAAGGGCAAUCAGCACACAGAAGAAAGGACCCAAAUCACUAUGUAACUUAAAGAUUUCUGUUAAUUUGAAAGAACAAAAACAAUUAAGACAGAACUUCAGAUUCUCCAAUCAGGAUGAUACCUAACAAAUCAGUCUUUCGUGAACGUAAUGGACUUUCUGGUAACUUUAAUUUGCCUAUAUUCUCCAAUUACAUCAGACUCUCUCUGUGGCCUUGUUCUUCAUUUCAGUGUUAAUCAGCUAAAACAGAAGUUGUUGCUUAUGAUGUGUGAGUGAACAUAUGCCACUGCCUGGCCUUUUUUCUUCAGAGCUUGUUGUCUUUUUCGCUAUAUUAGACUUUGCAGUAUGCCCAGAAGCUUUCCUUCAUAAAAUAGAAAGAAAAAAACAUUUGGCUUAUUUUUCACUGUAGCUAGUCUUUUAUACAAUAAUCUUGUAAGAAAAUUUCUUGAAUUCUAAAUAUUACUCUUUCUAGAUUUUUGAAAUCGAAAAGUUUUCAGUAAAAAGUUUCUUACUUUAUUUUAUUAUAUUAGGUAGUAAAAAUGUAGGGUUAUUUACCAUAACCUGUUCAUUAAUAUCAGAAAUUUACAAUAGCAUUUUAAGACCAUAGUAGAAUUCUAGCAUACCGCGUAGUACCUAUGGAGUAUUGUAAGAGCUAAUUGUCCGAGACGAAUUGCUUCUCAUCUUGUUCUCCAGUUUCCAUUGUUGGUUUAUUGCAGAUUUGUAUCCUGUGUCAAAUGCAAGGUAUUACUGAUAAACCUUUUGAACCAGCAGCAAGAAGUUCAAAAUUUUUUCUGUCACUGUAACAGAAAACACAAUAUGUAUAUAACAUUUAUGUAGCAAUAAAUGUGCCAUCUUUUUUUUUAACAUAGUAAACUAGUGAGUUUUUUACAUUCCUCUCUCAAACAGUAAUGCAUUUUGGUUUUUUUUCCUCCAUCUCAUUGCUCCCAGGAAUGCUCACACUGCUUUUCUUUCUUUUCUCCCAGCUUUCUUGAGAUAUAGUUGACAUAUAAUAUUGUGUAUGUUUAAGAUGUAGAACGUCAUGAUUUGAUAUAUGUAUAUAUUGCAAAAUGAUUACCACAGCAAGGUUAGUUAACACAUCUAUCACCUUACAUAGUUCCUUUUUGGCGUGUGUGGCAAAAAUGUUUAACGACCACGCUGCUUUUCUUACGUGCAUUGCCUGUGACCUUAUCUGGGAAACCCAUCAGGACAGAAUCAGACUUGUAGAACUAAGCUGCUAAUCUAGUCUAUAGCUUCUCUGGGUUAUAUGUUUCUCCUCUUGCCCUCUCUACUGAUAGUGGCCUUUUAGCCUUUUCCUGAAGGUUUACCAAUGGUGAUUAGUAGUUAAAAUCUGCUUACUUGUAGAUCUAGAGAAAAACGAAGAUGGAAAAGGACUCAAAUGAAGCUUUCAAAUUAACAUUAUUUGAAGCACUUUCACAUGUUUUAUAUCCCUUUUCUCACAAAAAGCCUAUCAUAAUUAGGAGAUGGUAUUAUUUACUGUUCUCAGAUUAAAAGUUCUGCUCUUAUCCCAGUUUUCACAUACAGCCCCACUCCACCCCCCUGCCAAAAAUAUGCAUAGUGCUUAUCCACAAGGACUUCAGCCACGCAAGAGCCUAAAACAAACAGUGGAUGAACUUUUUUGGACAAACUUUCGUAGGGCCUAUACGUGAGACACCCAAGAUCAUCGUCACACCCUCUUGGGAUCCUGACAAAUUGCUUCUCUUGGUGAAUUAUGAAAUCCACUGUUCACAUUGGAGGCCCAACAGAUCAUUUUACUCGUAGGAGUUGAAAACAAACAUUUUAGUUCGAUUUUUCUUUAUACAGAUUGAUGAAUAAAAUAUAGAUUAUUAUAAUUAAAUGAAAUCUAGAAACCAUCUCAUCAACCACCUCAUUAAUAGCUUUAUAAAAACUGAGGCCCAGAGAGGUUGUAUGUCUCCAAAAGCACAUAACUAGUAACAGAUUAAGACACUUAAAACGUGUCCUACAAAAUCUUCUUGCCUUUACUUUUUGUCCUUUGUCUUUAUAGAUUUUUAGGCCAAUUCUCUUUAGUGGCUUCACUUUUUUCUCUCCUCUACUACAUUUUUUUCUUUCAUUUUUCUCUCCUCUAGUUCAUAUAUAUUUUUCUUCCAUGGAAACUCAGAAUUUAAAUGUACAUCACGUCAUGUGUGCAUGCAUGUGUGCAUGCAUGUGUGUGUGUAUCAAAGGUUAAAGAGUAUUAGCUUUGGCAUCAAACAGUCCUCGAUUCAGUCCAGGCUCAACAUCUAGUUAGCUCCAUUUCCCUAUCUGAAAAAUGGAGAUACAUAUUAGAAUUGUGUAAGUAUUGAAUGAAACAAUGUAUGGAAAGCUCUUACCUUGGUUCCUGUCACAUAAGUACUCAAUAAAUGAUAAAUAUUUUUUAAA